UCUCAUGGGAUGUUGCCAGAAGACUCAUUUUUGGUGCUGGCCUUUUGAUCUUGAGGAUCUGAUUUCUGAAAGCAGCAUCUGUUUGUGAAGCGUGAACAGAAGUAUGAAGCUCGAGGUGCCAGAAGCAUUUGAAGAUGUUGCUGUUGAUUUUUCAAGGGAAGAGUGGAAGAUGCUAAGCAAACAGGAAAAAGAACUGUACAAGGAAGUGAUGGUGCAGAACUAUGAGCACAUGGUGUCUGUAGGGUUCAACAUCCCAAAGGAACAACUACUGCUACUGAUUGAAAAACAAGAGGAAGUCUUACCUAAUUCUGUGGAAGGAACGGUGACCAUACCUCAGAAGAGCAGUUCUGAUGAUUACUCUAGCAUCUGCAGGGGCACACAAUGCAGUAAGAGUGCAAAGAAGGAGCCUCUCAGUUCUGAAAAUGUGAAGAACUUCAUAGAUCAGAUGUCUGCUGCAAGGCAUGAAUUAAUUUGGAAGAAAGAUGGAUUCCAUAAAAGUAUGGAAUAUGACAGGUGGAAAAACCAGGAGAAUGAGUUCAAAAUGCAUAUGCAGACCCAUGAAAUGGUGAAACUCUGCACAAAUGAUUAUUGUAAAGACAGUUUAUCAUUUUCUGAAAAAUUUGUAUCAUACGGUCAAGCGCAUAUUAGGCUGAGAUCUACAGAUGAGAUCCACGCUAGUAUUAAAAAUUGCGAAAUGUUUGAAGAAAUUAAAGAGUGGAGUAAUAGAGAUAGUCUGGAAAUAGAAAACUAUGCUGAU